GGAGUUUGUUAGAGAAAAGAAAUACAAAACAGAAGCAGAAGCAUUUGGCUGGAGCUUUGUCUUUGAGGAUUUCUUAUCCGAAGAGCUGAAAAAAAAAGUCACCCAAAAACUGGAGUCUGCCCCUUGGUGGCUGCCCAUCGAGAAGGCUUUUUGGCGACAGCCCUCAGGUCCUGGCUCCAGCAUAAAGGACAGGCUGGAUUACCCGGUGCUGCAUGUGAGCUGGAACGACGCGCAGGCGUUCUGCGCCUGGAAAGGGAAGAGGCUCCCGGCGGAGGAGGAAUGGGAAUUUGCUGCCAGGGGAGGACUGGAGCGUACGUACGACAAGCUCUGA